GCGGGGAAGCUCGGUUUUGGUGAGCAAGAUCUAGAGAGGAGAAGAGAGAGAUCCAGAGAGAGAAAAGGAGCAAGACAGAGGGACGGAGAGUCCCUCCGACGACCACUGCUUCUCAGCCGCGGCUGAUGUCCCCCUUUGGCCGCGUCUCUUCCCCGUGCCGAGCCUCGAUAAAUCCCGGUUCGCCGUUUUUUGCUUUUAUUUGAUUCGGGAUCGUUUUCGCCGAGGAUCCCGGCUCGGCGGCGUUAAGACGGCCACCCAUGACCUAAGUCGUCUCAGGCUCGACUCUUAGCCACCGCCGCCGAGCCGGGUAAGGCCGGCGACCACCGCGCCCCUGUUUUGCUCCGUCGACCCCUCUCUGUUUGGGCCCUGUUUUUUUGGGCGGCUCGGACCGUAGCUCGUGGCCGUCCGGCACACGCGGCUUCGGUUCCCGUCCGUCCCAUGCCUAACUGUGGUUUGCGUCCUGUUCAUGUGUCGAGUUCGGAUCGGAUUAAUCACAAGAACGCCCAAAAAGAACCACCCUCCAAGCCCGCCUUCCCUCCCCGUCGUCGGCCACCUCCACCAUCUCAAGAAGCCUGUCCACCGGACCCUCCUCGCUCUCUCCCGCACCUAUGGCCCCAUCCUCUCCCUCCGCUUCGGCGUCCGCCCCAUCGUCAUCGUUUCCUCCGUGUCCGUCGCCGAGGAAUGCUUCACCCAGAACGACGUCGUCCUUGCAAACCGACCCAGGUUCAUCAUCGGCAAGUACCUUGGGUACAACUACACCACCGUUGCCGGCGCCCCCUACGGCGAUCACUGGCGCAACCUCCGCCGAAUCGGUGCCGUUGAGAUAUUCUCCUCACACCGCCUUGACACAUCGCUCGGAAUCCGCAAGGAUGAGGUCAAGCGCCUCAUGAGGAAGCUGCUCAGGUGCCAAAGCAGCGACAGCUUUGCAAGGGUGGAGCUGAGGGCGGCCCUUACGGAGCUGACAUUCAACGUGAUGAUGAGGAUGAUGGCGGGGAAGAGGUACUACGGGGAGGACGUGAGCGACGUGGAGGAGGCAGCGACCUUCAGGGACAUCAUCAAGGAGAUCGUGAAGUACUCAGGGAGCUCAUAUCCCGGGGACUUCCUGCCGCCACUCAGGUGGAUUGACUACGGCGGAUACAUGAAGAGGAUGUUCAAGCUCGGGAAGAAGACGGACGGGUUCUUGCAGGGGCUGAUCGACGACCAUCGGAAGAAGAAGGAGAGGGAGGAGGAGAAGAAGAGCACGAUCGAUCACUUGCUGGCGAUGCAGGCGUCGCAGCCGGAGUAUUACACGGACGAGAUCAUCAAGGGGUUCUUGCUGACACUUCUGAUUGCUGGAACUGAUACAUCAUCUGUCACAAUGGAGUGGGCGCUUGCCAAUUUGCUCAACCAUCCCAAUAUCUUAGAAAAGGCAAGAACAGAGAUAGACUCCCAAGUUGGCCAGGAUCAUUUGAUAGACGAAUCAGAUCUCGCGAAGCUACUUUUCCUUCGUAACAUUAUCUCAGAGACACUUCGGUUACACCCACCCGUCCCACUUCUCAUACCCCACUACUCAUCAGAUGAUUGCAAAAUAGGAGGGUACGACGUGCCCCGCGACACAAUUGUGAUGAUCAAUGCUUGGGCCAUUCACCGAGACCCCGAACAAUGGCCCGAUCCGACGGCCUUCAAGCCAGAAAGGUUCGAAGGUGGUGAUGGUCAAAUGAAUAGGUUGAUAUUGCCUUUUGGGUUGGGGAGGAGAGCAUGUCCCGGUGCACCUUUGGCUCAUAAAAUGGUUGGCUUGGCUUUGGCUUCACUCAUUCAAUGCUUUGAAUGGAAGAGGACUGGUGAAGAGGAAGUUGACAUGAAUGAGGGUGAAGGUCUAACAAUGCCCAAGGAAAAGCCAUUGGAAGCAUUGUGCAAAGCACGUGAGAUCGUGAAUAGAGUUCUCUCUUAAUCAUCUCAUGAUGUCUGAGGGUAGCUCAUUUACGUUGUAGUUUUCGAUAACAGGUUAUUUUUAAUGAUGUACUAUUGUGCUAGCAUUUGAUUCCUUUUGUAUUAGUUCAUAAUUGAACAUGGCAGGCCCUUAUUUCAACAA